CUCUCGUCAGUCUCGUGGGUGUUUAAAUAUCGCCUGCACUCAGCGGCUUAUAAUUACAUGAACUUGAUAUAGCAUCCUGUCAUUUGUUAUAUUUUAUUUUUAUAUUUGACUCAUGGCUAUAAGUGUGUUGAAAAUUAAAAAUACUUGGAAAAUAGGAGUUUACCAAUCUUUAGUGAAAAUUUUGCCAUUCCGCACAUUUCCUAUCCAACAUCAACAACUAUUGGGACAACCAACUGCUCUUACUCACCCACAUUUAAUGCAACCAAAUGAAAUAACUCCAGGAAUCACACUUAAUGAAUACAAAGAAAGGAGAAAAAACUUAGUAAAAGUAAUGAAGAACACCCAUUUUGGUAAAUCUCAUGACAAACAUCUUCUCAUUUUUUCAUCAAACCCCACAUAUUUCAUGGGACCAGAUGUACCGUAUCACUUUAGACAGAAUUCAAAUUUUUUGUACUUGACAGGAUAUCAAGAGCCCGAUAGUGUGUUGAUUAUUGAAAUAGGAAUGAAUAAUGUUUCUGGUGACGAUUACAGGACAAUAUUUUUUACAAGACCAAGAGAUAAAACCAGAGAAAUAUGGGAUGGACCACGUAAUGGAUUGGAAGGAGCAACAGAGCAUUUUGGAUUUCAAGAAGCUUAUCCAAUUGAUGAAAUUUCACAAGUGAUUCUUAAGAGGUUUAGUGAUAAAGAUUGUCACAUCUGGUACGAUCACAUGCAACCAUCUCAUCUCCACAUUAAUAAAGACAUAAUGGAUGUUCUUUUGAACUCUUCAGAAUUUCAUUUAAAGAAAUUACAUGCUGUUGGACACAUUGUGGAAUCCUUACGUGUAGUGAAGUCACCAGCUGAAAUAUCAAUAAUGAAGAAAUGUGCCAACAUCACUGCUCAUGGUUUCAUGAAGACCAUGUCGCAUACAAAGCCUGACGUACAGGAAUCACAGCUACAAAAUGUGAUGGAAUAUGAAUGUAAGAAACUUGGUGCAAAUCGAUUGUCCUUUCCUCCAGUAGUGGCAGGUGGACAAAUGGCCAAUACUCUACAUUAUGUCAAUAAUGAUCAAUUAUUAAGGAAUGGAGAUCUUCUAUUGGUUGACAGUGGUUGUGAAUUGAAUGGAUAUAGCAGUGAUGUAACUAGAGUGUGGCCAGUGGACGGAAGUUAUACCAAACCACAGAAAGAAUUGUAUGAUAUCUUAUUAAACAUACAAAAAAAUUGUAUUAAGUUAUGUAAAGUUGGUACAUCAAUAGAUAAACUAUAUCAAACCAUGAUUGGAAUGAUGAUACACAAAUUUGAAGCCAUAAAACUUAUUCCCAAGGACUUACCGCAACAUCAUAAACAUCAACUAGUUCGACAACUGUGUCCACAUAAUAUUGGACAUUAUCUUGGAAUGGAUGUUCAUGAUGUAUGUUCAAUGAGUAAAAACCUCCCACUUGAUGAAGGUAUGGUGAUAACAAUUGAACCUGGAGUGUACGUAAGAAAUGACAUGGAUGUACCAACAAGGUACAAAGGAAUUGGAAUUCGAAUUGAAGAUGAUAUUUUAAUCACAAAAGAAGGACCUGAAGUGUUAACAUCGCUUUGUCCAAAGGAAACUGAUGAGAUUGAGAGUUAUAUUGGAAUGGCAAGAAAAAAGUGUUAAGGAUUGCAAGAUAUUAAAAAAAGACUUGUAGUUCAAGGAGAAAAUUUAGCAAAGGUAGAAAACACACUAUUGAUUACUCAGUAAGUGAACCCCCAAGAAUUUGUUCUUCCAUACACAUAAUACACACGGACCAUAACUAGACCUAUGUUCUCAGGCAACAUACACCUCUCAUCACCAAUAUAGAACAAACUUUAAAGCACAUGCUAAGUAUGUUCCUGAAAAAGAACUUCAACUCCAAAGCAUAGCUUUAGAAUUUUAACCAAGCGUGAAUCAAAAACCGAUAGUAUCACACAGUGGUACCUUGACAACUCCUACACCUCCACCAAGUCGUCUGUAGUUCAUACCACCAUACAUUUUCCAUUGACUAUUACAGUCUAAUACUUCAAUAGUCUUAAGAUAUGUAGUACCAUCAAAACCUCCAACAGCUAACAAUUGCCCAUUUACUACAGCCAAACCAACACCACUUCUUCUUGAAUUCAUGGCAACAACAGGGCACCAAUGACCUAUAUCAGGAUCAAAACAUUCCGCACUGCUGAGCUCUGUUGAAUCAUCACGACCACCAACUGAAAAUAAUUGUUAAAUAAAGGAUUUCAUGAAACAAUGUAA